AUGGCGCAGGACGAUGGGCAAUCCGGUCGCAGCACCUUGGAUCGGGCAAUGGUCCACGUGCAGCGUAUUGUUUCGAAAGAAUCAACAGACGCGGACCUGUAUUUCCGAUUAAAAUACGAUCCAUCCAAUCCAGACAAAGUAACAAUAUCGGGGCUUUCCGGCGAAGAUUAUCGGUCGCUGGAUGAUCUGGAAGUUGCCGAAUUUGGACAGAGUCAUUUGAGGGCAUUUCCGCGCGAACUCAGAGACCUACUUAACAAUGCUCAGAGUUUUUAUACAAUGGGAGUGCUACCGGAAAUUGCUCGAGCAUAUAUGACAGUGGAUGGCGACUUGUAUAUGUGGAAUUAUGAGGACAGCUGCGAUCUUGCGUGCUUUGAUGGGAUUCCAAAUACGAUCACAAAAGUGGCAGUCGCGAAGCCAAAACUUAGAGUUUUUGAGGUUAUUUAUGCUACUACAAUUUGCUACACAAAAACUUUCUCUUCAUUGUCCAUACGUUCCCCUGCUCCUGCUUGUACUGAACUUUCAGUGCUCUCCCUUUUUGACCGGUGUUCGUGCACUUUUCCAACUGCAUUACUUCUCAUUCAUUUACAUGACUUCAUUUCAUCUGUGUACUGA